UAUAUAUACCUAUACUCAACACAUUAUGCUAUGAAAAUUCUGUCGAAGAAACGUCUGGCACGACAAGCUGGACUUAUGCGUCGGGGACCUAGGAAAACUACAUCACCGCUUGAUCGAGUUUACAGAGAAAUAGCUGUUUUAAAAAAACUUGAUCAUCCUAACGUUGUAAAGUUGGUAGAAGUGUUGGAUGACCCGCAGGAGGAUUCAUUAUACAUGGUUUUUGAAUUGGUGCAGCAAGGAGAAGUUCUAAGAAUUCCAACAGAUAAGCCACUGUCUGAAGAAAGAGCUUGGAGAAUUUUUCGGGAGUCGUUACUUGGAUUAGAAUAUUUACACCACCAAAAAAUUAUCCAUGCCGACAUAAAGCCUGGAAAUUUAUUAUUAACCGAAUGUGGACAUGUCAAAAUAGAAGAUCUUGGUGCGUGCAACGAAUUUCUCGGAGAAGAUGCUAAAAUAAGCAAUGGAUCGACGGCUGGAACUCCAGCCUUUAGAUCACCUGAAACUCUAGUCCUAGGAAAGAACGAAUAUUGUGGAAGAGCAGCAGAUGUCUGGGCACUAGGCGCAACUCUAUAUUCUUUAAUAUUUGGAAAUGUGCCGUUCCUAGCAGAUUCCGUGCCUGUACUGUACGAGAAAAUAAAACAAGAUUGUGUAAUCUUUCCAGAAAACCACUUAAUUACUCCAAAUUUGAAAAGUUGCAUAGAUCAAAUGUUGGAAAAAGAUUCAAAGCACAGAAUCACAAUUCCACUGGUGAACAAAUGGGUAACCUCUGGUGGGGACUUUCCCUUGCCGACAGAGGAAGAAAAUUGUUGUUUGGUACAAGUUGAUGACAAAGACAUAGACUCCGUCGCUCGCAGCAUUCCCAAAUUAGACACACUAAUAUUGAUUAAAACAAUGUUAAAAAAACAUUCUUUUGGUAAUCCUUUUGUAAAAGAAUCUUUUGGAAAAUCCCUAGAACCAAGUUGUAUGCGGAUAGACAGAUUUGUCCGAGCAGGUCGAUCUAAUUCAGCCCCUGGCUCAUAUCACAUAUCAACGGAUAGGCAACCUUCUGCAGAUACUUUCCUUCCAUCCGUUAAGGAACAUUGUUCAGGUCAAUGUAAAGAAGAUACACAUAACUAUUAAGAUUGUUAUACACUAAAUGUUCAAUGUUCGUACCCAAAGGUACUCAACAUGACCACACUCAACAAAUCAAGCAGUAGCCAAGUUGGGAACAGUACCAGGCGCUCAGUAGCACUCAUUGCAGAUGAGAACUGCUGAUCAGCACAUUAUAUGUCUCACUAACUCACCGUCUCACCGACCUAACGGCACACUGAUUCGCCAAUGCAGUCAGCACAUAUUGCAGUGUCAGCCGAGCCAACUACGCAAACUGUUACCAUAAUUAUAAUUC